GCAGCGAACGGAGUGACGAAAUCUGUGGUCAAAAUAUGUACGUUUUCUACGUACUGGCGGAGCAGGAGGAAGCAAGAAUACUGUGUUUGAAAUAUUGCUGGAUACACUUAUCUCUGUUCUCGUUCGGUGUGUCCAAACUGAAUCCAGCACGAAACUAGACUUAAAUUGCAAGUGACUUCUGCCAACAUCAGGUCGUGGUGUGUCGGGUACACAGCAGCCAUUGUCAGUUGAUGGGGAUUUUCAUUCCAAGAUUAAAGUAGAAAUGCCUGGUUAAGAUGUCUCUGAAAGAAAAUAAUGAAAAGAAAAAAGGCUUUCUCCCCACUGAGCUGUACACCAGUGUCCCACGCACAUGUAUGCCCAUUGUAUACCAUCCAGACUAUAAUAUCACCUUCAUGGGCCUUGAAAAGCUUCAUCCAUUUGAUGCCGGAAAGUGGGGAAAAGUCAUUCACUAUUUAAAAGAGGAGCAGUUCAUCACUGAUGGGAACAUUGUGGAGGCCCGAGAAGCAACAGAAGAAGACCUGCUGAUGGUUCACACCAAACGCUAUCUCAACAGAUUAAAGUGGUCACUUGUGGUGGCAACCAUCACAGAAAUCCCACCUCUCAUGUUUCUGCCUAACUUCUUGGUGCAGAGGAAGGUUUUAAAGCCCUUGCGGACACAGACAGGAGGGACAAUAAUGGCAGGAAAACUUGCCAUUGACCGAGGCUGGGCGAUAAAUGUCGGGGGAGGAUUCCACCACUGCUCCAGAGACAAGGGAGGGGGGUUUUGUGCCUAUGCUGACAUCACCUUGGCUAUCAAGUUUCUUUUUGAGAAAAUCGAGGGCAUCUCCAAGGCCACCAUCAUCGAUCUGGAUGCACAUCAGGGAAACGGACAUGAGCGAGACUUUCUGGAUGACAAACGAGUUUUCAUCAUGGAUGUCUAUAAUCGCUUCAUCUAUCCAGGUGAUGGAUAUGCCAAGAGAGCCAUUAAAAGGAAGGUGGAGCUGGACUGGGGCACCGAGGACUCUGAGUACCUUCAUGAAGUAGAACUCCACUCCGAGGGCACACUUAAUGAGGUCCGACCUGACAUUAUCGUCUACAACGCAGGAACAGACAUCCUGGAUGGCGACCCCCUCGGGGGACUCUCCAUAUCUCCACAGGGUAUCAUAGAAAGAGAUGAGAUUGUGUUCAGGGCUGCCAAGCGACGGGGCAUCCCCAUCCUUAUGGUGACGUCUGGGGGCUACCAGAAAAAAACUGCCCGCAUCAUCGCCGACUCCAUCCUCAACCUACACCGGCAGGGGCUGAUUGGGCCAGAGGUGCUUGACGCGGAGGGUUCAUCUUCACUUGUGACCAGCAUGAUGCGUACUUCUGUUUCUGUUGGGUCAGCUCUUACUGUUGUCUAACCAUGUGGUUUACAAACAGAAGUGGCAGCUCCAUGGCUCUUAGAAGGCUGUGGGGGAACAUUAUACUGUACAAUUAUGGAGUGACAUAUGCACUAACAUGCAAGGAACGUUAAUAAUGCUAAUGAACAAUAUGUUCCAAAAGGAAAAUUUAAUGAGCAAGGUUGUGAUUAAAUGCUAAAUUGAUCUCCCGGGCCUAACCUAUAGCUCACAUUACACUACAAAAAGGAAUUCUUCAUGUUUUCAUAUAUACAUGAAAAUAACUGACUGUUUAUCUUGUACCGGGUAGAGCACUUUAGAGAAUGAUUCUUUCAUCUCAGGAAAUAUGACUUAAUAAUCUGAUGGGUAGUAUACAUAAAUAGUCCUUGAAAAGGUUAAUGGAUUUUUCCACUUAUAUGGGAAAAAGUAUGAUGACAAUUACCGUCCAUCUUAGUUUAUGGCUACGCAGGUGAAAGAUGAAUUGAUUGGACCGUUAUAACUACGAAACAUUCUUAUGUUGAUUUUUAACCUGUUUGCAUUUAAUCAUGUCAUGAUUCUUUCUCAGUAGUAUUUAGUUCAAUCACAUUAUUCUAUCAGAAUAGUGUGUGAGUCCAUAUCUCUUUGCAACAUAAUCCUCUAAUCAUAAUGGGACUUGUGGUGUUUAAUUAAUCAUGUUUAACUGCUGCGGAUGUGUGGUACAUACUACAUAUAGUGCAAUGGGCUGCACAUUUUCAGUUCACCACGAUGUUUAACUGUCCUUUAUUUUAUGGGGAGCCCAAUUUAGUUUCCCUGUAAGGAAUUACCAUUUCAGAUUAACUUUGAAUCUAAUUUUGAAAAAGAGGCUAAUAUAUGUGAAGCUGAGCUCUUCUUCUGGUUAGUGGAGGAACUUCCAUUCUCAAAUCAAAGAAGGUUGAAUCGGUUCAUCUUGUUACAACGU